CAUACCUCGAGGUUGGCACGGUAACCACCGCCUGUUCUUUCCUGUCUCUCCUUGGCAUCCAGUUGUGGACACAGAGAACAAGUCUUCAGUCUUGUCACACCUCCCGUUCAUCCUGCGCCCCGUCCCGGCUUUCCUUCCUCUCCUCUCAUCUGGCACUCUUCCUCUUUCCCUUACCUCAUCCUUCCUUUCCUCCAUCCUGCUCCUCUUGCAUUCUUCUACCUCUGGCCAUUCGGCUCACAUCCACAAACAUGUCAUCCUCUUCUUCACCUUCACAUGCAACGCCAAUCUGGGCCGUCCAAUUAGCCCUACAAGCCAUUCUCAUCUCCGUGCAGCAGUUCUCCGAUGCUCACUUACGCUGGGCUGCCCUCUCCUCCAAUACUUUGCAUGGUAUCCCUUCUUUUGGCCUGGACGAUGGUCAUGCUAGUGGAUCUGCCAUUCAACCUAGGAAGGAGGAGGUGGAGGCAUUGAGAAUUCCCGUUCAGGGGGAGGCGUGGGAUGAGUAUAAGGAAGCUUUGGGCAGGAAUGCCGAGGCGGUCAAGGGUCUGAGAUCCUUCAAGACCACUGUAGCGAGGGAGAAGGAGCAUCUAGACAAGCUUGUUGCUUCUUCCUCCGCUUCAGAUCCCUGCCCACCUUCCUCCAAUGGACCUUUCCUCUGCCAGCUAUGGCAACAAGUCCUUCGUGUAGCUCUGACUCAUGGGCCCGUGAUGGAAGUCAAUGCCUCUCUACCGAUCCCAGCAGAGGGUCAGCUCCCUUCUGCCGCCUCAAAUUCCGCACGCCAACGUCGCCUAAAGGUCAAGGGUGGCGGGAAGAGCAGACUGGCCAAGGUCGAUGUGAUUGCCGAUGGAGGAAGGAGCUGGACAAGGAUGUUCACCAUCAAGAAAAGCAGUUUACUGGCCGAAUUUAGAGAGGCAGAGAGCUACAUGGGAGCUGGUGGAAGCUCCUCAGACGAGGGCGAAGUGGGUGAGGGCGAAGGCGAGCUCUCUGGAUCUGGCAUUAGCGAAGGUAGGGCAAAGCGGUUGGGCGAGUCGCAAGGCCUCUUUGCUCAGCUGGACCAAGCGACCGCCAAUUGCUCCGUGGUUCGAAAUCUUGAAGAGCUCUUGGCCUGUAGGGCGGCCUCGAAGCAUCACGAUGCCAUUACCCUCGACCUCGUCUUCAGUCGGAUCGAGCUGCCGACCCCGAACACAGACCACUCUUCGGACCUGACCUUGGACUACCUCACUUCUUCGUCAGAGGAGGAAAGAUACAACAGUCGGCUGCAGUCUAUUGCCAAUCUCGUGGCACGGCUGCCAAAUGCAACUGUCAAGACACAGGAAGGCGUUCUUGCUGCGCCGCCCGGCAAGCUCCUUCCCUCUCUUCUAGCCUCGGGUCUGCAUUCUCAUCCCAUCCCUGCCGAACUCGCGGACUUCGAUACGUCCUUGCUCUCUCUGCCUGCUGUGCCGACGCCUCCAUCCGAGGAGAAGCUGUCCAGCUUGCCCUGUACUCACGACGUGAACCUCGACGUCUCGGCACUCGUUGCGCUGGUCAGUGACAUUUCCCACAUGUCUCUGCCGGAGGACGAAGUCGACCUUGAGUCUCUCUUCCACACUAUGGGCAUCAAGUCUAUCGAGGCCCAGCGUGGUGAAGAAGAGGAGGGUGAGGAAGCGGGUGAAUCUCGCAAGGACGCCAAAGCGAGGUUCCUCCAUGGCCGAGCACUUGCUAUGCAGCUCGCCCUCGAGAAGAAGGGCCUGUCGUUCCUGAGCUACGUCUUCCAGUUGUCAAAGUCUAGCGGUGGACGGCCUCUGCGCUUCUACACGUCAUCUGAGGCCAGGGAGAAGUUCUGCGAGAUCAUGAGGCUGGUGGCUGGACCGGAUGAGCAGAGGAGGGCCAACGCCUUGCUAGGUGGCGAUGCAAAAGAAAGCGCUAAAUUGUCAGAGAUGUUCUGGCAAGGCUCAAGGUGGAAGGCCUCACAGGGCUCGGGCUCAGCCUUUGAGCUUCCUAUCAACGUCGUGUCUGUCGCAGCCUCUCCGACAUUGGCACCUCGCGAUCUGCCGCCUUUCAGCCUUCGUUGCCGACAGGUGAUCCUCGACGGUCUGUCCGACCUAUCAGACAAGACGCACUCUACAUCUACCUCUGCAAAUCCUCGACAGACGGCACAUACUCUCAACACACUGUUGCUGGGCAUCGAUCGAGGCAUGACGACCUUGACCACUAAUAUGCUCAGUGUCAGGUGGCUGGUCAAGGAAGUGGCGAGGCGUAUGGGCGACAGUCACAUCCGAGGGGAAAAAGUGUUCAACGGGCAAUACGAGAGCGCUCUCAUGGUGGUGACCAAUCCCAGGAGUCUGGCAGAGAAGAUGAAAGUCGAACCAGGCCCGUCAAUGGACCAUCCACUGUCUGAGAAGGGCUCGCAAGAUCAAAUUGUCAUCGCCUCGACGCUCCUUUCAUCUACCGAUGCUUCCUCUCAUGCAAUGCCAUCCAGAAAUCGCUCCUAUCCCUCUUCUGACUCAAGCAAAGGCAUCGACAGCAAACAGUGGUCAUCGGGAGACGGAGAACAUAUUCACGAUACACUCCCUCAAUUGCCCGCCGUAUUCUCGCCUCGCUACAACAUCGAGGAAACCAACGAUGAGGACGGCGUCAGCUAUGGCCAUGGUCGAGGCGCUGUCGUUGCCCCUCGAUCUCGCUUUCGAAGGCUCGUAGGCUGGGCUGCAGGUCCUAAUCCUCCUGUCCAGCUGCGCAUCCGCCACUAUCCCUGGUGGCCCUUCCAAAGAGUCGAGGAAGGCUGGCUCAGUUUGACUCGCUCGGUAGCCUGGCGUGAUCCUGAUGAGGACAAAGAUGCAGUGCGGAGGGAGCUGGCGGACCGUGAUCGGCCGUUGACGUGGCCGAGGAGACCGGCUUGGCUGCAGCGGGGUCAUAGCCAGACCAUGGAUCUGGAAGACCUAUCGCCUCCGCCCUCUGAGCGACACGAACAGCGGCAAGCUCACUACCCUCGCAGAAUGUCUCCACCACUGCAUCCUGCUACAGCCUGGAAGAGAGGUUUCCUCAAGGAGUGGCGCACCAAUAGAGUCCAUUGGCUGCUCCUCUUCCUCACCUGCGUCGCCUGGCUAGCAGGCUUCAUCGCUCUCGCCAAUGACCUUUGGUUCAAUGCAUCGGUCCGCACCGUCGGAUCUGAGGAUUCGACUUCUCCCUCCUUUUAUUCCUGCACAUCCACGUACUGGCUUCAGAAUACCCAGUGUGGUUUGGAUGGACAGGACUGUGAGCCCUUCUACCAAAACACUUCCAUUGCUUUCAGAUGCCCUGCCCUCUGCGCUGGUACGACGCUGGGUGCUGCACGUGCGGUAGGGAGUGAAGUGCCAAAUUGGGUGCCCCUCAUCGUAGGCGGAGGUGACGAGCUGGGCGUGUAUCGAGGAGACAGCUGGGUUUGCGCCGCUGCCAUCCACGCCGGCCUGUUCACAAGUGAAUCCGGCGGCUGUGGUCAAUUGUGGCUCGCAGGAAGCUACACAGACUACAUUGGCUCCACCGCCAAUGGUCUCACCAGCGAAGACUUCAAUUCCUCCUUUCCCAUCUCUUACUUCUUUGAACAGCAGACGACUUCGAGUCACUGUACGGACACGCGCGAGCGGAUUUACAUCCUUGACGCUGUCCUCUCGGCCUUUACAGGACUGGUGCUACAGCCUGCCUCCUUAGUCUGGUACUACAUCCUCAUCUGCGUCGGAUUCUGGCACCUCAACUUCGCCAGUGAACCUCGCGCCUUCCCACCCACGGUUGGCGAUCCAGCAGGGGACUUCCUCCCGCUUCUCUUUGCUUGCUACGUUGUCUACCGACUCACAUUCCGCUUCUUGUUCCCGGCUUUCGCGAGGUUCCCCGUAGAGAGAACAAUCGGCACACUGGCACUCUUUUGGAUUGGAGUCAUGCUGGAUGUCGUCUUUGCGAAUGUGCCACUGCAGAGGUUGGUACUGUCGGAUAUCACGUCGCAGCCUGGGGCAUUGACCUCGCUGAUCGUCAUCAUCGUAGUCGUCGUCAUCGUCGCCAUCAAUCAAGUCCGGGUGGUUCGCAAGACGGGCUAUCUGCCCAAGUAUCUCACCUUGGCCAUCGUAGGCGCGAUCAUCAUAGGCCUUUUAGCAGCAGUCCCGACCACCGGCCUCCGCCUCCAUCACUACAUCAUUGCUCUAAUCCUCCUCCCCUUCCUCGCCUUCGAGACUCGCAUCUCCCUCCUAGCCGCCUGGUUCCUCCUCGGAAUGCUCAUCAACGGUAUCGGUCGCUGGGGCUGGGACGGUCUAAUCCAGGACAUCUCGACUAUCACGGGCGAUUCCACGACCGGGUCUGCCCUGCCUUCUUUCCUUCCCGGUUCGAAUUGGACCGGCGUUCAGAACGGGUCUGGACUGGUACAUUGGACUUCCCUGGCGGACGCGGCGGCAGAGGGGGACGAUGUGAGCGGGUACACGGGCUUCUCACUAAUGAUAGACGAUGUGCUCCGCCUUUCCGACUCCAGCGAGACCUACUUCGACCUAGCCACCCUCUGGACGGAUUUCGACGCAACGAGUGCACUGAAUAACUUCACCUACUAUCCAGCGGCGGACGUGAGGGAGACGAUUGCUAGUCAGCCCCAUUACCUCCGUCUGGCUUACACUAGCGAAGGCGAUGCCGCCGAUUUCACCAGGGCGGCCGUGGCGUACUUUAAUGGGACUUGGAUCGAUGCGCCCUCUGGCGCAACUUAGAUGGACCGGACCAGAUGACCGUUCUCUUCUCCUUCAGGGCUUCUACGUUCACUCUGUUGCUCGCGCAUUCGCAUUCGCAUUUGCAUUUGCAUACCGUAUCCUCUUCCUGCUUUCUGUAUCAUACUAUGGAUCUGUACUGUUCAUACCUGUCUAUAAGUGCCUUGGGAAAUUGCAUUCGACCUUUUGUUCUUAUUGUCUUCUGACUCGCCACAUUUGUCUACUCAAGUCAUACCCACUGUUUACAGCCAUCUCUCCGACAUUUGCUCCCCGUCGUCUUCAUUUGCUCCCCGUCGUCUUCACCUCCUCCC